AUGCUUUACUUGUGCAGUACGCCGCCGCCGCCGCUUGAACUGAAAGAGGAAAGUAUCAAUAAAUUCCUCGAGAUUCUUUCUGAAGCCACGUCACAAGACGCAAUAUAUUGCCUCAACAAACGCAAGGGGAAUGUAGAAGACGCCGUCGGCUAUUUCUAUGGAGAUUACAGUAAAUCUCGUCCUGGGAUUGCCACGGCUCAAGUGGUUAAAAAUUUUAGUGGUAGGGUUGUUGACAAAGAUUCAAGCACAGAGUCACCCCAACGUAUUCCUGAAGCUAAAACUCUAGUGACGUCAUCUCAAGUUGAGGAGAGUGGAAAUCCCACAGAAACCUUGCCGCUCAAGGAAGAGGAAUCUGGUGAAGUAAAUGAAGAACACAUCGGUACAUUCGUAAAGAUGACUGGAGCGAGUAGAGAAGAUGCAAUAGCUAACCUUGAACACUUCAAGUGGAAUGUAAACCAAGCCGUCGAAUUUUACAAAGAAAAUGGGUACUCGGCGGAACUAAUAUCUGCGUUGAGUUUUAGUUUGACGGAGAACAAAGACCCGCCUCUUCCAUCGAUGGGAACACAAUCACAGCUUGAUGCUUCAAGUGGCCCCAUGGAGACAGAAAGCUCACUUGAAAAGGGUGGUGAAGGAGACGUCACAGUGGCUAAUCCUGGGAUGGCUAAAGCUCACGUGAAGGGUAAGGCUGUUGAGGAAGGUUCAAGCGCGGGUGCUAGCCGAGACAGGACAACUGUGGAGACUCAAACUGCGCCGAGUACUAUUGUGAUGACUAUAAGCUUGGCAGAUGGGCGUGGGACAGAGCUGGAGCUUCCUCUUAGAUUAAACCAAACCAUAAGAGACAUCCGCAAUGCUAUAGACCAGCGAUAUCCAGAUAACGACAGGAGCUACUAUUUGCAAUCAAUAGGUGGAGAAGUGUACAUGGACUGGGAUACAACUGUAGACAGAGUUUCUACUGGUGGUUGUAGAGUUCUCCUCCAGACCUACCCCUAG